AGAGACAGAGAGAGAGAGAGACAGAGAGUGAAAGAGGAGGAGAAGAAACAGAGCGAUAGAGAAAGAGUAAUCCCUCAGUCCGUCUUCCACUCCAGAGCAGGGACACAAACAGCACCACAGCUGCAUCCGUCUUUCUCUCUGUCUUUCUGCCCCUCUCUCUGUCUCUAUCUCUCUCUCUCUCCAUCUUUCUAUCUUUCUCUCUUGCACUCUCUUUCUCUUCCUCUUUUCGUCAUUCCUUCUCUCUCUCUCUAUCUCUCUCUCACACACACACACACUAUCUCUCUCUCCCUCAUUCUCUCUCUCUCUCUCUCUCUCUCUCUCUCUAUCUCUCUCUCUCUCACACACACACACUCUAUCUCUCUCUCCCUCAUUCUCUCGCUCUCUCUCUCUCUCUCUCUCUCUCUCCCACACACACACACUCUCUCUCUCUGUUUUCAUCCUUCUCUUUCUCUCUCUCCCUGUUUUCAUCCUUCUCCUUCUCUUUCUCUCUCUCUCUUUCCCACACACACACACACACUCUCUCUCUCUCUCUCUCUCUCUCCAUCAGUCCAGCAUUUCUGUUGAUCGCAGAGCUACAAGCACUGAGGCGAUGGCCGAGGUGGUAGAUCUCCUCUCCACACCCCAUAACGUCCAGAUCAGUGAGGUGACCUGUGACUCGUUCCGUGUUGCCUGGGAGAUGACCCCGGAGGACGCGGGACGCGUGACGCAUUACUUCAUCGACCUGAGCCGCAAAGCCGGAGGAGAGAGAAACCGCUUCAAACACCGAGACGUUCCCACUAAGCUGGUGGCUAAGGCGGUGCCUCUGCCGAUGGCCGUGAGAGGUCACUGGUUCCUGAGCCCUCGCACCGAGUACUGUGUGGCCGUCCAGACCGCCAUCCGCCAGCCUGACGGAGACUACCAGGUGUCUGAGUGGAGUCAGGUGGUGGAGUUCUGCACCGGGGAUUACGCUGUCGAUCAUCUGCAGCAGCUCCUGGAUAAAGCUCGGGGUGUAGCGGGAAGGCUGCUGCGCUUCUCAGUGUUUUACCGCAACCAGCAUCCUGAAUACUUCCACUAUGUCAGAACGGAAUGUGGAGGUUCGAUGCCCCCGUCUCUGAAGGACAACAGCGGCAGCCACGGUUCUCCCAUCAACGGAAAGCUCUGUGGCGUCUUCCUGAGCUGCAACACCGAGUUCGACACGGGUCUCCCCCCUAAAGACUCGCCCUACGGCCCCCUGCGUUUCCAGAUCUCCGCCGCGCUCCUCCUGAAGCCCGAGACGCACCUCUACUUCGCGGAUUUCUACUGCAUGUACACGGCGUAUCACUACGUGGUCUUGGUCCUGGCUCCCGUUGGCUCGGAGGGCGACCACUUCUGUGACGGCCGUCUCCCUCUGCUGGACCUCACCUCCAAUCCAUUCCUGACGUACGUCCCCGGGGACGAACCGACGUUCUGUCACGCCAGUGACGUCAUCGUGGAGGUUCUGUACACAGAGGCGCUGCCUUUGGAUCUAGGCACGGUGGCGCAGAUCAGCGGCCAUCACCAGGUUAUGAGCCUCUCUACAGCCAAUGCAAAGAAAGACCCCAGCUGCAAGGUGUGUAACAUCAGCGUCGGACGCUGAGACACCGGACUGGAGUGCUGCAGAAUUCCUGAGGAAGUGAUCCGAGUAGAAAAGAAAGCAACCUAGCAGUGUUACGAAGAUCAUUUAAAACACGUUCCAGAUUGAAAAACCUCUCCUGAUUCUUCUCUUCUAUUUAUUUCAUUUGAUGAACAAAUCAUCAGGCCAAAAUAAUCUGUAAUAUUAAUAUACACCAACCAGGCAUAACAUUAUAACCACCUGCGUAAUAUUGUGUUGGUCGCUGCCGAAUCAGCCCUGACCCGUCCUGCACUGUGUAUUCUGACACCUUUCUAUCAGAAACAUCAUUAACUUCUUCUUCAGCAAUCUGAGCAACAGUAGCUCGUCUGUUGGAUCGGAUCACAUGGGCCAGCCUUCUAAUCGCUCCCCACGUCCAUCAAUGAGCCUCGGCCGCCCAUGACCCUGUCGCCAGGUCACCACUGUUCCUUCCUUGGACCACUUUUGAUAACUGACCACUGCAGACCGGGAACACCCCACAAGAGCUGCAGUUUUGGAGACGCUCUGAUCCAGUGGUCUAGCCAUCACAGAUUAGCCCUUUUGGUCAAAUCCUUACUCUUGUCCAUUUUUCCUGCUUCUAACAUCAACUUUGAGGACAAAAUGUUGACUUGCUGCCUAAUAUAUCCCACCCACUAACAGGUGCCAUGAUGAGGAGAUCAUCAGAGUUAUUCACGGCACCUCUCAGUGGUCAUAAUGUUAUGCCUGAUCGGUGUAUAUUAUAUGAAAGCCAUAAAACGCACAUACUGCCAAAUCAGUAACCAUCAAUGAUCCGAUAGGGAUCGGUGCUACCUAAUUCAGUUACCAAAAUGCAGCUGAAUGCAAACGUUUGUACCCCCUUUAGGACAAAAUUAAAUUUCUUUCAUGCACAAGAAGACAGUCAGCAUGUUUCUGGAGAAUUUCAUGAGAUAUCACCAUCUAAUUGUAAAGAAAUAGUUAAAUUAAUUAAUUAAUUAAUGAGUUUUAGACUCUGUCGUUUCCUCUGCACCGCUUUUGAAUGCUCCUGUUAUAGAAACCGCCCUCCUUUUUUUCCAUCUGUAAUUCUCAUAUGCUGCCUUCUUCAAAUCCCAAGGACAGCUUUUAGUCACAAACUUCUUUUUUUUUGUUUCAUUUCAAACUCUCUCGAUGUUUCAUAUUGUUGUGUUAAUUCAAAACACACACAUUUUAUUUUUUAUUAACUUCUUGGAAACCUUCCUGUAUAUAAAGCAUAAAACAGAG